ACAAGCAGCCAAGCAGAGGGGCAGGCAGCACGCGGCCCGGCAGCCAGAGCACCAGCCCAGUCAUGGUCUCUGAGAUGAGCGACCACCAAGUGCUGGAUGUCUCUGACAUUGCCUCCCUCCUGGAAAACUUCAGCUCUUCCUAUGACUACGGAGAAAACGAGAGCGACUCCUGCUGUGCCUCCCCACCCUGCCCGCAGGACUUCAGCCUGAACUUCGACCGGGCCUUCCUGCCGGCCCUCUACAGCCUCCUCUUUCUCCUGGGGCUGGUGGGCAACGGCGCCGUGGCAGCCGUGCUGCUGAGCCGGCGGGCAGCCCUGAGCAGCACCGACACCUUCCUGCUGCACCUGGCCGUGGCAGAUGCGCUGCUGGUGCUGACGCUCCCGCUCUGGGCGGUGGAUGCUGCCGUGCAGUGGGUCUUCGGCUCCGGCCUCUGCAAGGUGGCAGGUGCUCUCUUCAAUAUCAACUUCUACGCAGGGGCCCUCCUGCUGGCCUGCAUCAGCUUUGACCGCUACCUGAGCAUAGUGCACGCCACCCAGCUCUACCGCAGGGGCCCCCGGGCCCGCGUGGCCCUCACCUGCAUAGCCGUUUGGGGGCUCUGUCUGCUCUUUGCCCUCCCAGACUUCAUCUUCCUGUCGGCCCGCUAUGACGAGCGCCUCAACGCCACCCACUGCCAGUACAACUUCCCGCAGGUGGGCCGCACAGCUCUGCGGGUACUGCAGCUGGUGGCUGGUUUCCUGCUGCCCCUGCUGGUCAUGGCCUACUGCUAUGCCCGCAUCUUGGCGGUGCUGCUGGUCUCCAGGGGCCAGCGGCGCCUGCGAGCCAUGCGGCUGGUGGUGGUGGUGGUGGUGGCCUUUGCCCUCUGCUGGACCCCUUACCACCUGGUGGUGCUGGUGGACACCAUCAUGGACCUGGGGGCCCUGGCCCGCAACUGUGGCCUAGAGAGCCGUGUGGAUGUGGCCAAGUCGGUCACCUCAGGCCUGGGCUACAUGCACUGCUGCCUCAACCCGUUGCUCUAUGCUUUUGUGGGUGUCAAGUUCCGAGAGUGGAUGUGGACGCUGCUCUCGCGCCUGGGCUGCCCCGACCAGAGAGGCCUCCAGCGGCAGCCAACGUCUUCCCGCCGGGAUUCAUCCUGGUCCGAGACCACAGAGGCCUCCUACUCUGGCUUGUGAAGCUGGAAGGGGGGCUCCUGUUUCACCCCACAGCCUCCCUCCCUCUCAGCCUGGCCCCUGGGACUCACCGGCAGCCCCAGCACUGCCGGGUCUCCCAGGAAGCUGCCCUCCCAGCUCUGGGGGCUGCACCACUGCUGCUCCUUAGCAGCCAUGCCCCACCCUGCCGCUUCAGAGGUGGCUGCCAGGAGCCCCACUGCCCUUCUCAUUCGGAAACCAGAACUUGACCUUCCCCGUAUGGACGGGAAAGGGGCAUAGAGCACACUGCCCCUGUGGGGCUGCGGCCCAGGCCUCCAGCUUAGCAGUGACUGUAGCUGUGGUCCCCAAAAUCUCUGUAUUUGCUCACUUCUAUUUUUAUGUCUAAAAUCCUGCUUAAAACUUUUCAAUAAACAAGAUCCUGAGGA